AUGUUGAACGCGAAACGUUUGUUGCUCGGAUUUACGGUGACGCUGGUCGCGUUCGAACCUGUGCAUAGUGCCAUCUCUGUGGAACAAUUCGAGAAAAUGGCGGCCGCGAUGCGACGGAACUGCGUGCAGAAAUCCGAAACGACCGAAGAGUUGGUCAUGGGACUGAAACAAGGAGAAUUUCCGGACGACCAGAAUCUUUCGUGCUACACAUUCUGCAUCUUGAAGUCGUUGAACAGUUACAAGAACGGAGGCAUUGACGGCAAAAUGAUAGUACGACAAAUGGAUGUAAUGCCGAUCGAGUCGCUGCCCCGAUUCAAAGCGGCGAUUAAAAGUUGCUUGGCGCAAGAGUUCAACGAGCCUGACGAGUGCAGUCUGACCUACCGAUUCACGAAAUGCGUCUACGACGCGGACCCGGAAGCGUUCUUCUUCCCGUAAUCGAUCUAAGUACCACGAUCGAGCAGACGCUACGUGAAUCAAGUUGUU